CAAUCCUUUCCUUUUCCUGACUAUUCUCUUCUGCCUGGGAUAGAGGGGGGAGAAGGGGUCGAUGAUAAGGGGGUGACACUAUGGAAUAUGGGCUCUACUCAGUAAAAAGCUGCGAACUGCAGCAACGUAGCAGUGGGCACAAGUAGCUGUGAAACAUGAUGCCCAGAGCUCUGACUCUGGCUGGAGAGGGUGAGGGGAGAAUGCAGAUGACGCAUUUGAUUUUUAAAAAAGUCUAAAGUGUUGACAGAAAUUCUAUCUUGAUUAAGGGCAGUAGGAAAGCAUUUGAUUCCAGCCGUGUCUCGAGCUCAGUUACAGUUGGUUUUGGCUCUAAUUCUUCUGUUUGCCUUCUUUGGGCCAUACCUUGACAUCUUCCCAGCCAUGUAGCUGGUGCUUCUCUAAUGACAUUCUUGCCUUUAACUAUCACAGCUCUGCUCUGGGGAGCUGGAGGCUUCUCAGUGCACCCAUCCUCGGGGGCCAGUGCUUGUGACCAGCAUGGUACCCCCUAAACGCUGCUUUGCUUUACUCUUGACCAUUUUCUUAUUUAUUGAGGAACAUCAUCUGGGUUUUGAACCAUGUGUGGUCUGCCUAGACAGAUGGUUUAGGGCUGAGGCUCUGUGGGUUAGGAAUAUACUGCUUUGGAAUUGCUUGGAUUCAUAAAAGCAAAGUUCAGGUGAUUUCCUUGGGGAGUGUUUUAUAACAUCCUCGUGGGCUUUGCCUCACAUCUGUUCAAGGCAUCACAAAAGCACCUUUGCAAGAAGGUUUUGUAUAAUUUCAGGGUUUAUAACUUUGUCACUGGCUUUAUUCCUGUUCUGUUGAGUUUAAUAUCACCUGUUGACACAGGGACUCCUCUUGCUGUCAGUGCUUCAUUAAUUAACUGCAGGGACUGUUUGACAUGGGUCACAGUGCUCAGUUUGUUUUUAGCCUGGCGAGCCUUGGGCUAGUGCUAAGGAAUGCAAGAGGGCCUGACACUGCCCUCCUUCUGACUGUUUGCCCAGUUACAGUGUUCUACAGAACCCCUUCCUGCUUUGAAAAUCAAUUAUGUAGAAGAGCACCUUUGUGUCACUAGUUCUUUUUUGUAGCCCUUCAGGGAAAGAGGCUGUGCAUUGCAGUGCUCUGGAGUGAAUCUCAUCAGAUUUGUGAAUCUUGUGAGGGGCUGUAGCAGUGCAGACAGAGGACUCUUGGGGACAGUGUGACUGUGAAGAUGUCUAAGCCAGAAUCCCGUUAUUCUUUUGAUGUCCCAAACAUCUGCAUCGAUUUUGCAACUCUGAAUGAGGAUGAUGUGCACAAUGCAGACUCCUGGUUUGAUGAAAAAGCCAAUCUGGAGAAUAUCCCUCCUGCAGAAAAUCUGGCAAACGUCUCACACUGCAGCCCUGGUUCUUCAAAGCCUGAUGUUCUUCUGCCUUCUGUCCCUUCACAAGAAGUAGCAAUGAGUGAAAGCAAUGGUGAGGCAGAAUGUGCCCAGGACAACACGGUCCCUCAGAAUAUCGUUGGGUCCCUGGCAACCUGGAGAGCUGCUGCCCCUGCAGAGGCCCCUCAGAGACCAGGCAGGAGACUUGCUACAAAGCAGGGGAAGACCCAGCAGCGCAAGCAGCCAGGCAGAAUCAAAGCAGAGAGAAUUGCUAAUGCCCUGGAUAAUAAGGAAGAUGUUCCACCCUUGAAGAAAAUGAGACUCCUUAGAGUACCAGAGAAAGCUGGAUGGUCUGUACCUGGGCCUGGGGUGAGUUCUGGUAGCAGAGAGAAGGCAACAGAAGUAUCCACAAAGAAAGAGCCCCUGCAGGAUCCUGACCUCUCUCCAGGGAGAGGGAAAAGCAAACAGACCAUGCCCUCCACGCCAACAAUGUUGAAGAGGACCAAACCUUCUAGCAAGCCAAAGAGUACAGAGGAGCAGGAGCUGGAAAAGAUGCAGCAGUUGCAGCAGGAGGUUAUGGAGCUGCGGAAGAAGAACGAGGAGUCUCUGAAAACAGCUAUUGCUGGAGCAGGACAACCCACAAAGAAACCUGCUGGUCAAGUAACAAAGCCAAUUAAUUUCCACUUCUGCACGAAGGAUAGGAUUAAACAGAAUGCAGAAAGCCAGCCUGGGAACGAGUACAAGGAGCUGGAUUUUGCAGCAGUCCUGAGGAAGCAUCCUCCUUCUCCGGUGCGAAUGCCAAAGGGACACACUGUCCCCAAACCUUUCAGUCUGUCCCAGGGAAACAAAAGAAAACUUGAAGAAGCCACAACAGGAUAUGUGUCCUUUGCUGAGCAGGUAGAAGCAUUCCAAAAACGCACACCCCCUCGUUACCAUUUGAGGAGCAGGAAAUCUGAGGAAGGCUCAGUUUCAAGAAAGCCGGUGAAGGCUCGGCCCACAAACCCCAAAACACCAGUGCUGAGAACAAAGCAGCGCUUGAGACCUGUCACCUGCAAAACUGCUGCAGAGUUAGAAGCAGAGGAAGUAGAGAAAAUUCAACAGUACAAAUUCAAAGCACGAGAAGUCAAUCACAAAAUCUUUGAGGGUGGGCCACUCCUGCCCAAGAAGCCCCCUCUGAAGAAGCUCACUCAACCCAUUGGCUUUCAGCUGGAAAUAGAAAAAAGGAUUCAGGAGCGUGAGAGUAAGAAGCAGCAGGAGGAAGAGCGCUUCGAAUUCCAUUCCAGGCCAUGUCCCACAAAAAUCCUGGAGGAUGUUGUGGGUGUUCCAGAGAAGAAAGCACUUCCUGUUACAGUCCCCAAGUCUCCAGCCUUCACCUUGAGAAGCAGGACCCGUGUGUCUGGCAGAGAGGAGGAAAAGGAAAAAGAGGAGGUGGCUGUGAUCAAAGCUAAUCCUAUGCCACAUUAUGGAGUGCCCUUCAAACCCAAAAUGCCAGAGCAGAGGCACGUGGAAGUUUGCCCCUUCUCUUUCGAUGCCCGGGACAGAGAGCGACAAAUACAAAAAGAGAAAAAAAUAGAAGAACUACAGAAGGAAGAGGUGCCAAAGUUCAAAGCGCUGCCUCUGCCUUACUUUGAUGAAGUUAAACUGCCAGAGAAGAAGGUCAAAACCCCAACUCAGCCUGAACCAUUCCAUCUGCAGGUGGAUGAACGGGGAGCUGCCAAGCUCCAGAGCUGGAAACAGCAGCUUGAAGAAGACUUGAAAAGGCAGAAAGAGGCAGCAUGUUUUAAAGCUCGCCCCAACACAGUGAUGUACCAGGAGCCUUUUGUGCCCAAAAAGGAACAUAGGAUACUCUCAGAGAGCCUUUCUGGUUCUGUAGUUCCUGAAAGCUUUGAGCUGGCAACAGAAAGAAGAGCAAAAGAACGGCAAGAAUUUGAAAAGCGAUUGGCAGACGCAGAAGCCUUAAGGGAGAGGUAUGAGGAGAAGAUCAGGCAGGAACAAGAGGAGCGUGAAAAGGAAGAAGUUGCUAAGCUAAGACAAGAAAUGGUUCACAAGGCAAACCCAAUACGCAAAUACCGCAGCCUAGAGGUGCAGUCCAGUCACCAACCACUGACUGUGCCAAAGUCUCCCAACUUCUCAGACAGAUUCCGAUGCUGAUGAGCAUCCACGUGACAACUGCUGGGAGAUCCCAUCCCUCUCCAUUCCCUUGGCAGGAGAGAGGGAGCAAUUGUUUUUCCAUGACUGCUCAGUUUGAACUCCUAUGCUUGGUUUCAUUGUUGUACUGAGUAGUUAAACUCCACCUGAGCCCAUGGCAUUUCAGCAGUGCCUCCUGGCCUUGCUGUGUAUCCAGACCCUAUCUUCUCUAGAGACUAAACCAAGUUUUGAUCUUGCAUACAGAUAUUGUGUACUUAACUAAAUAAAAAUUCCUAAUCUG